AUGUCCCGUGUUGCCCAACUCGAUUCUCUGGCGCUGGACUCAGAGCUGCAUCAGGGAAUAUGGUCCGAAUUCCAGUCGCAAUUCAAACCUGUGAAGUAUAUAGAUGAGUGGCAGCUUUUACUGCACACGCUCAUCUACCAUUUCUCCACACACACAUCCGUUGCAGGAGUUAGCACAUAUGGGUCACAGCUGAGUGGUGUCACUUACCGCACAAGCAAGUCCACAUUAUUCCUUGUUACGGUGCUCGUGCGCUAUAUACACAAGAAGCUUUCUACGCUUUUGGUGCGUCGCGAAGGGUAUGCCAAGUUGUACCGAGUCGCUGCAAAGUGGUACCACUGCUACGACCUGGCCAACUUUCUAAGCUUCUUGGCGCGUCCCCUGUUUCUGUCGCCUAUCCAUAGGCUGUUUGGUAUCCGUUGUGUCCGAGCACUCGACGACCCUAAUUUCUAUUUAUCCACAGUCUACUCAGGAUUAGAGUUUCAGAACCGGCAGCUAAUGUGGAAUGCCUUGCUCGAACUCCUUAACGCCAAUUUCUUCAAUUCGCAUUUCUUCUCCAAACGCAGCUUAGUGAAGAACGCCCGUCCUACCGGACCGGAGGAGUGUGCCAAGUGCCGGGAUGUACCGAAUAAUCCAUAUUCUACGUCCUGUUGUGGUGCCACUUACUGUUACGUCUGCGUGCUCAUAAGUCUCGAUAUCAAGUUCUGCAAUAAUUGCGGUAAUAGAGGAGAUUUUUCAGCCAUUCCGCUGUAUGCGCCUCCAAGACUGACUGAAUAG